AUGCCGCCACCAACGAGCAACCAGGACCGACUGCGCAUGAUACGGACCCCUGUUCAAUCGUUUUUUAACGAUAAUAGCCAAGCACUGUUGGAAACUUUCUCCAUCAAUACACAAGUCAACCAGCGCAGCCGGUUUCCACCGCCCGACAAUGGCAGGGGUCGUUACGCAAAAGACGAUGAUAUUAUUAUUGUUAAUACUACAAGGGUUCGUCGCCGUCGUCAUCGUCAUCGUAGUAACGAGGAUACAGAGUUUCCCUCGGCGAGACCUCGACGGCGCCGGGUGGGCGCGAUAUUCGCAGAAGCUGAGGUGCGAUUUCGAGGCAUGAGGAAAAGAUUUAAGGACCGCUGGAACAAGGAGUUCCCCGAUACACCAUGUGCCGAGUGCGCAACCUUGCUGCUCCCGAGGAAGCGUCAACAGAGAGCAUUCCAGGACAACCAUGAAUACGGCAUCACCAGAGUGUUCAAUGUUCCUGUGACUGACGAACCUGGUGGCGUGAUUCUCUGCGAGGACUGUUGCAAAGAGCCUCAGGCUCCUAUAGACUGCGGCAAGGUCCCUCAGUGCAUUGCUUCUCUUCCACGGCGAUCGACUCUAUUCAUAUCCCCUUUCAAGUUGGAUACGAAUCUAGGAAGGACUUUAGGGUACGACUUACACGCAACCCCUUACGUGUACCGUACCUUGUCAGGCGUUAUUAAUACGAAUCCGAUUAAUGAGCGAGCGAACAUGCUCUAUUCUGGCACACUUGGGGCUUAUCUGCAGAGCAGUCCACAUCGAGUAGACCAACACCAGAAUCUCGAGCAUCUAAUUCAUGUUCGCAAUUGGCUGCUGCAAAGAAACCCCGUCUUCCAAAGGAAUGAUGUGCGGGCGCAUCUUCAAAUCAACCACCCGUUACCAACUGUCGACCUCCCUGAGAACAGCGAUGAGCAGCGACCUCAAACACGCCCGGAUCUUGUCAUGAACCCCUUUCAGUACGACCAAGAAACAAGGAAUGAGCAUUUCCGAUACGACAGGCUCUCCAUUGGGGCAGUACAGGUCCCCGAAGGACAUCCUCCAAAGCCGAUGCUAUAUCGAACUGAUCCGGAUGUCGAGGUGCUCUGCUUUCCGCACGUUUAUCCUUACGGGAAAGGACAAUUUGUACAAGGAGAGCGCCGCGAAGAUGGGCGCUCUAGAUAUACGCGCCACAUGGACACAAUACGGAAGCUCAAUUCCUACAACCGCGCUUUCAGAGACGAUUAUUACUGGGCUGCGUGGGCAUACCAAGAAAUGGAAGCGACAAGAAUCUUUCAGAAUACAAAUCGCCUUAUUCAUAAUAAAACGAGGCAAGCUAUAGACAACCGUCUUCCUCAGCAUCAACUCCUACAGCAGUCGAAUUAUGGGACACAUUCUAUUAUUAGUGAAACUCUCACACAUGGUAUACCUGGCUCAAUCCGAACCGGAGAAGCUUAUUUUCUCGAAAAGGAACGCCUCGUAAACUCGAUGAUUGCAGGCCACGGGCUCCCCCAACUCUUUAUCACGCUGACUUUUAAUGAAGGCUGGGAAGAAUUUAAGAACAUUUUGCGGUCUAUCUCUUCUACUGCUAUGCCAUCCAACCAUCCAUGGGAGGGAGUUCAAUAUUACUACGAGAGGAUCCAUAAUCUAAAAUCCAAAUUCUGGAAAGGGAAGUCCAACCACGCCAAGUUUGGUGUCCUAAAGGAACUAAUCGAAAGAUUUGAGUUUCAAUUACGGGGCGCAAUACACAGCCAUUGCUUAUUGUGGACUGAGAAGUCUAUCGUGGAAUUGCUUGCGUUUGGUUUUGUCCGCGCAGAUAUUCCCGAUCCCGAAAAGGAGCCUGAGUUGCAUAGCCUUGUCAUGAAAUAUCAGAUUCACAAAUGCAAAGACCACAUUUGUGGCGGACCCGGGAGGUACGGAAAGUGCUCCAAGGGCUUUCCAGCAGACGUGUCGGGCAGGACGUUUCAUCAGCCUGGCAACCCCAGGUAUACUUAUGCCCGCACCGAAGCUGACGUGUGGGUAAUUCCUUAUAACUCUCAAUUGCUAUUAAUCUGGGAAAGCCACUGCAACGUUCAGUUCGUGACGAGCCAAGGUCUUGCCUCUUACAUCACGAAAUACCUCACCAAAAACGAGCCACUCUCUCAGGUCGUUGUGGGCGAUUGUACAACAACUCAGAAGCACCUGUUGGCUCGCAGAAUGGGAUCUAUGGAAAUAAUUGUGCUGUGCUUGGGGUUGGACAUUUUUCGCUGCACCAGCGGAUCUCUCUACCUUCCAACCAGUAUUCCUGAAAUGAGGAAUUAUUCUGUUCGUCCUAUUAACCAUAUCCUCGAGCACCCUGAAGACCCGUAUUUCCCAGACGCCAUGGAGAAAUAUUUUGCUCGACCAAGAGUGCCUCGAUUCGAAGUCUUGACCUAUUUUGACUACUUUGCAUACUAUGAAAUUACGAAAACUCGCACCGUUAAUCGACAGGGUCCUCGAGAAGGGUGGCAAGAUUCAUUAGGAUAUUGGGUCUAUCAACGGAAGAAGCCCAUCCUGAUUCGCACUUCUUACCGACGACUUUGUGAUGGAGAGGUAUUUUUUUACGUGCAACUCCUUUAUAGAUACCAUUGGAGGUCAGAUGAUGAAAUCAUUGCGAAUUCCGCCACUUACCGCGAAAGGCUUUUCGAGCUCGACCCAGUACUUUACGAUGCUGCUUUACGAGGACAUGCCGAUAGAGUCGAACAUGGCAGUAGAGCCCUCGGGAGGGAGUAUUGCGAGAUGGUUCAAAGAGUUGCGGGGACGGCUCCGCCAAAUGUCCAUGAUAUGGUAUCCGAGCAGCUCCGGCAGCUGAAUACCAUGGCGGUCCCAGGACUUGCUGAUGCUGCGGGCCUUACUCUGAAAGGCGAGCAAUACCAGUGCUAUAGCAUGGUAACGCAAAAUAUUUCUGCAUCUAGGCAUCAAGGCCGUAUGUUCUUCAUAACAGGGCCUGGUGGGACGGGGAAAUCUUUCCUCCUUCGUGCCCUGCAGUAUUGGUGCGACAAAUCCCGGAACCCUUCCUUACUGCUUGCGCCCACUGGAAUUGCGGCAAGAAAUAUUGAUGGGAAUACAAUCCACUCGGCUCUGUCAAUCUAUAGUAAUCGAAGCGCCUACCACACGGGCUUAUUUAGGUUCGAAGAUCAAAAAAAGAAAGACAUGGAAAAGAAAACCGUGCUUAUCAUCGACGAAGUAUCGAUGGUAGAUGGCGUACUGCUUGACUACCUUGCCUCCCUUUUUGCCAAACUGAGAAGAAAUAACAGACCCUUCGGCAACAUGCAUGUCAUCGUUUUUGGGGACUUGAUGCAAUUACCCCCCGUGGAGGGUUUGAAGGUCUUUAAGGCCUCUGUUUGGAGGCUUUUCCAUCCCAUCUUCCUACGACAACCGCACCGGCAGACAAACGAUAAGUUCUUCAGAAUCUUGAACAAGAUUCGGCUCGGAAUCAUCGAUAGCGAGGUAAGAUGCACUCUGGAAGAACGAUGGCGCCAAUAUAACCCAGAACAUGUCAUGUGGAAUACCACGUACCUGUCUUCUCUUCGCGAUGAGGCUGCAGCACUAAACCAUGCCGUUCUCUCCGGCAUGCCAUCAGAGAACCCUAUAUUCGUUUCAACAGCCGAGGACUUUGAAAAUGGAGUAAGGUUACAACAUUUAGAGCACUCGAAGGUAUUCAAUAAGGGGACAAACUUCCCAUCUUCUGUGGUGUGUACUGUUGGGGCCAAAGUGAUGUUCCUCACAAAUAGCAUGAUGAGCGAGAGAGGGAUCUCUAACGGCUCUAUUGGUGUUAUUACUAAUUUGUUGCCCGACGACGAAGUUGAGGCUGCAUUUCCCACUAAAGACGGUAUCCAAGUCAUGCACUUGCACAAAACUCCGUCGUAUUUCCAGACGAAUGGGGUGGAAUACAAACGUGUACAGCUUCCAAUAAUCAACGCAUUUGCGUUGACAAUCCAUAAGGUUCAAGGUCUGUCACUGCCAGCUGUUACCGUCGCCUUGAAUUCUAAUAUCUUCUCUGACGGACAAGCAUAUGUGGCAUUGAGUAGAGGAAAGGAUCUCGAAGAGGUGUAUUUGACCCACUGUGAUCUUGAAGCCAUCAAGGCAGACCCAGAAGCAAUAGCUGAGUACGAAAGACUGGAAGCGAAGGCAGAACAACUCCAUAGGCCAUAUUCUCAAUGA